GCUUGGGCAACAAGAAAAAAACAUUAGUAAAUUAAUCUUCUUUUUUGGCUUCUGUCCAAGAAAAAAAAAAGAUUCUUUCAACAGAAGGAGAAAGUAGAGAUUUUUUUGUAGUCGAAUUCGGAAAAAAAUGGCUCUAAGCUUUGGAUUGAUUUGAAUUAAGAAAAACAAAAAUGUUUGCAGCUCGGCGUCUUCUUCUUUCCUGCAAACAAGGUGCGAAUCAAGCCGCCAGUUUUCUCCGAGGAAGAAGGAUUCAAUCGGCCAAUUACAGUCAAUCGACAAGACAAGGGACGACCCAUGGAAGGACAGAUCUUAACCCUUUGCCUGUCGGAACAGCUCAGACUUUCUCUCGCUCGCGUGCUCGUUAUGCUGCUCCAGCACUUGCGCUUGGGUUUACUGGAUUCUUAGCCUUUCUUCAUUACAACGACGAGAGGAGAGCUGUGCCUAAAGGUCAACCAAGCAGCAGCAAUAGUAGCGGUUGUGGCUGUGGUUCUAAUACAACAGUCAGAGGUCCUAUUAUCGGAGGUCCGUUCACGCUUAUGAGUACACAGAACAAGGUUGUCACUGAGAAAGACUUGCGUGAUAAAUGGGUGCUGCUCUACUUUGGAUACUCGUUUUCACCUGAUGUUGGACCUGAGCAGUUGAAGAUGAUCUCCAAAGCUGUUGAUAAACUAGAGUCUAACCAUGACAAGAAGGUCCUGCCUGUCUUUGUCACUCUUGACCCUGUACGAGACACACCUUCUCAUCUCCAUGCCUACUUGAAAGAAUUUGAUGAUAGAAUACUUGGAUUGACUGGAUCUGCAAGUGCAAUGAGGCAAAUGGCGCAAGAGUAUCGUGUUUAUUUCAAGAAGGUUCAAGAGGAUGGAGACGAUUACCUUGUUGAUACUUCUCACAACAUGUACUUGUUGAAUCCGAAGAUGGAGGUUGUGAGAUGCUUUGGAGUUGAGUACAAUCCAGGUGACCUCUCACAAGAGGUUCUUAAAGAAGUUACUUCCGCUUCACAGUGACCAAACAUUAAAGAGAGAUGUUCACCAGAAUGAAACAUUUCCUUUUUCCCCUCCAUUGGUCCGUCAAAUUUCAUUAGACGAUUUUGCUAAUCCUUUUGUUCAAUGAUGAUCUGAUAGUUGCAGUUGAUUCAUCUUCCUACUUUUAGUGUGGGCUCAAGCAAAUGAGCCUUUUUCUUUCUACGAUUCUUCAUGGGCUUAUGCUGUAAAACAAUAUGCGACAUCCAAAGUUUAGUGCAAAAUAUUCAAAAGAAAAAAUCUGACCAAAGUUUAAGUUCAA